UUUUUUUUUUUCUUCUUCUACUCAACUUCCCUUUUUCUUUUUUUUUCUUAAAAAGUUAUUUAUAAUGGAUCAAUCAACAGGUGUCGAUAUUAAAAAUAAAAAAUUAGAAUCUUUUUCUGCUCCUACUCCUCAAAACACUCCUAGUAAUCCUGCUCCCAUUACUUCAAACUAUCGUCCUAAAGUGACUACUAUAUCUGAAGAUAUGGAAACUGUAACUACACCUGAUGCUUCUGCUCUUAGUGGUGCAUUUACUAAUAACCCUGCUCUCAUUAGUAUGCUUCAAGGAAAAUUGGAUACUUUGGUUGGUCGUUCUUCUGGCUAUGUUGAAUCUCUUCCUCCUUCUGUUCAACGUCGUUUGAAUGGUCUCAAGUAUUUACAAUCUAAACAUUCUGAACUUGAAAUUCAAUUCCAAGAAGAAGUAUUAGCUUUGGAAAAGAAAUAUCUUGAACUUUAUCGUCCAUUAUAUGAAAAGCGUACUCAAGUCAUUACUGGAAAAUAUGAACCUACUGAUGAAGAAGUAGCUAUUGGUGAAAAGGUAGAUCAAGAUGAAGAAGAAGAUCACAAGAUGGAAGAUGAAGAAAAACCCAAGACUACUGACAAUGACGAUGUCAAGGGUAUUCCUGAAUUCUGGCUUACUUUGUUGAAAAACCAUCCUCACUUAUCUGAAGCUAUUACUGAUAAUGAUGAACAAGUCCUUAAACAUUUGAUCGAUAUUCGUAUGUCUUAUUUGGAUCAACCUGGAUUCAAAUUAGAAUUUGUCUUUGAAGAAAAUGAAUUCUUUACCAACUCUAUUCUUACCAAGACUUACUAUUAUCAAGAUCAUGCUUAUGCUGGUGACUUUGUUUAUGAUCAUGCCGAAGGUUGUACUAUUGACUGGAAGGAAGGAAAGGAUUUGACUACUACCGUGGAAUCAAGAAAACAACGUCACAAGGGAACCAACAAGACUCGUGUUGUCAAGCGUACUGUACCCACCGACUCUUUCUUUAACUUCUUCAAUCCUCCUGCCUUCCCUGAUGAAGAUGAAGAAUUGGAUGAAGAAGAAGCUGAAGGUUUGGAUGCCAAAUUGGAAGCUGAUUAUGAAGCUGGUGAAGAAUUUAAGGAUAAGAUCAUUCCUCAUGCUGUUGAUUACUUUACUGGAAAGGCUCUUGAAUAUGAUGGUUUCGAUAAUGAAGAUGAAUUCGAUGGUGAAUACUUUGAUGACGAAGAUGAUGAUGAUGUGGACGAUGAUGAUGAAGAUGAUGAUGAUGAUGAUGAUGACGAUGAUGAUGAUGCUGUAAGUAAAAUAGAAAAAAGGAUUAGUUGAUUAAAGAAAGAGAGAUACUUGUGAUAUUAAUUCCCUUCUUUUAUAUAAUG